AUGUAUUCGUCUUUCCCUAUUCCCAUCCACCUUAACCCACCAACCCUUCACCCUCACAUCCCACCCCCAAUCACACCCACCACCCCUUCACCCUCACAUCCUACCCCCAAUCACACCCACCUCCCCUUCACCCUCACAUCCUACCCCAAUCCCACCCUCCACCCUCACAUCCUACCCCCAAUCACACCCACCUCCCCUUCACCCUCACAUCCUACCCCAAUCCCACCCUCCACCCUCACUUCCUACCCCCAAUCACACCCACCUCCCCUUCACCCUCACAUCCCACCCCCAAUCACACCCACCACCCCUUCACCCUCACAUCCUACCCCCAAUCACACCCACCACCCCUUCACCCUCACAUCCUACCCCCAAUCCCACCCUCCACCCUCACAUCCUACCCCCAAUCACACCCACCUCCCCUUCACCCUCACAUCCUACCCCAAUCCCACCCUCCACCCUCACAUCCCACCCCCAAUCACACCCACCACCCCUUCACCCUCACAUCCUACCCCCAAUCACACCCACCACCCCUUCACCCUCACAUCCUACCCCCAAUCCCACCCACCACCCCUUCACCCUCACAUCCUACCCCCAAUCACACCCACCUCCCCUUCACCCUCACAUCCUACCCCCAAUCACACCCACCACCCUUCACCCUCACAUCCCACCCCCAAUCACACCCACCUCCCCUUCACCCUCACAUCCCACCCCCAAUCACACCCACCUCCCCUUCACCCUCACAUCCUACCCCCAAUCCCACCCACCACCCCUUCACCCUCACAUCCUACCCCCAAUCACACCCACCUCCCCUUCACCCUCACAUCCUACCCCCAAUCACACCCACCACCCCUUCACCCUCACAUCCUACCCCCAAUCACACCCACCUCCCCUUCACCCUCACAUCCUACCCCCAAUCACACUCACCACCCUUCACCCUCACAUCCCACCCCCAAUCACACCCACCUCCCCUUCACCCUCACAUCCUACCCCCAAUCACACCCACCUCCCCUUCACCCUCACAUCCUACCCCCAAUCCCACCCACCACCCCUUCACCCUCACAUCCUACCCCCAAUCCCACCCACCACCCUUCACCCUCACAUCCCACCCCCAAUCACACCCACCUCCCCUUCACCCUCACAUCCUACCCCCAAUCCCUCCCACCACCCCUUCACCCUCACAUCCCACCCCCAAUUACACCCACCUCCCCUUCACCCUCACAUCCUACCCCCAAUCACACCCAACACCCUUCACCCUCACAUCCUACCCCCAAUCCCUCCCACCUCCCCUUCACCCUCACAUCCUACCCCCAAUCCCACCCACCACUCCCUUCACCCUCACAUCCUACCCCCAAUCACACCCACCUCCCCUUCACCCUCACAUCCUACCCCCAAUCCCACCCACCACCCUUCACCCUCACAACCCACCCCCAAUCCCACCCACCACCCUUCACCCUCACAUCCUACCCCCAAUCACACCCACCACCCUUCACCCUCACAUCCUACCCCCAAUCCCUCCCACCUCCCCUUCACCCUCACAUCCUAACCCCAAUCCCACCCACCACCCCCUUCACCCUCACAUCCUACCCCCAAUCCCACCCACCACCCUUCACGCUCACAUCCCACCCCCAAUCACACCCACCUCCCCUUCACCCUCACAUCCUACCCCCAAUCCCUGAGCUCAUUACCCCCUUUCUGUGGCGCCUGGUCUUGGAUACUCUUCUUCAAUGA